AUGGAUCCUUUAAACAACCGAGGUCGUGGUCGAAAACGCCACACCUCACAUAUAUCACCUCCUCCCUCCUCCCCUUCUCAGAAUGUAGCUCAAGACCUACCUGACCUACCUUCUGCCUCCGACACCUCUGGUCCGCUGGCUCCUUUACCUUUUUCUUUCGAAGCCUCGAGUCCAUCCGCGUCGCUCUCCACGCGGAUGCGCACUCGUCAGGUCGAGGGGAUUAACUCUUCGCCUGGGGGGCGCUCCCUGCGAAAGCGACCUCGAGUGGACUAUACAUUCGAGCAGCAGCUAGAUGUAGAGACCAGCCCUAAGCUUACGCAAAGCGCUUCCCGCUCAAUAAAGCGGCGUCGUACCGACGCUGCUUUAAAUGAGAACGAGUUGGACGACGAUCCGGAAGCUCGCUCAGAAGCACGCUCUAAGAGACGUGCCUCCGAACAGCCCCAAUCGUCAUCCACUCGUAGGCGUAAUACGGGGAAGGGGCCGGCGGAGCCCCAGGCUUUUGAGCCCACCCAUCAUGACGAUGUCGAUGUCCAAGACACUAUCGAAGUGGGUGGGCACCAUAGUGAAGAGUCAGAUGAGUCGCUCAUCCGGAGGACCAAUUCCGGCUCUUCAGGCCACGACACCAAACCGGCCCCCGGAUCAGCCUCAUCUGACUCUGCUGGCACUCAAUCUUCGCCAUGUCAGCAGUCUCCGCCGACUUCCAAGGCGUCCCUUCUCUCUCAACCCCUACCCCUACCCCCCUACCACCCUGUUCCGGGCGAAAGCGUAUCAAAGGAAUUCCAAGAAAGAGUUCAGGUGAAUGUAUCUAAAGAGGCGAACGACGAAGCGAAUUUUACCAAAAAACAUCCUCCUGGCAUGGGUCAUGAUCAGGACGGCCCGGGUUCAUCAAGUCACCUCACCCCUUACAUAAAGGGUACUUACGUCUUUUAUCCCGAGUAUCUCGAGGAUGACCCAGAACCCGACGCUGAUCCCGAUCGUGACUCAUUUCAGGUAGAUGCCGAAGUUGAUCUCAACACGGACGCUGACACCAAUCUGGGACUAGAUCGUACAACAGCAACCAACGGCCAUAACAGCGAAGACGCUGCCGUUAACGACAAGAUGGAUGGCCUAGUAGAGGAGACGCCGGCCGAUACUGCGGCAAACUCACCAUCGGGUGAGGCAGAGGCAACUGUCUGCCAACCAUCCGACAAGAAGCAGUUUCGGUUCGACCAGACUCGGUCAGCGUCCGAAUUUACGGACAUGUUCCAGGACAUCAAGUCCUUGUCUACGGCAGAACUUUACCGUAGACUUGAGAUCGCCAACGAGGCCAUGGUUGCGUGGCAGGAAGAGUUCCGUGAGCUUAAAAAGAUCACGGAUGAUUACGACAAUGCGGUCCGAUACCAGAAGGAGGAAGAAGCGUUCUUACGACGGUCAAAUAUGAUGACAAGUCGGAACCCGGCCUCCAACCCAAUCGCGAAGGACUUCGUUGUGAAAGGGGAGAGAGCACAAGAUAACACCGAUCCUCUAGUGAAGUACCAACGCCAGCAAGACAAGAUUAUGGCGAGCGCGUACGGCUUUGAGUAUGAUCCCCGCCCGGACAAGAUUGGGAAUCAGGAUCCCAUUGCGCAACGAACCGGAGCUGGUCGUCAGGGACGACUUAGAGAGCGGCCGAAGCAGACCGCCAAAGCAGCAGAGCUAGACGACCCUAUUGUCGUACAGGGAAAACGGACCAGGAAAGCUCCAGAGAGGUUUGCGGGAGAUGAAGUUAUUAGCCGGGGGUCUACCCCGGUACCUAGUACCCAGCGACGAGGGCGUCGCAAUAAUUUAGCACCGGAGAACAGUGACCCUACUCCGCCUCAGCCCCAGUCAAGGCUUGAAUAUGUAUAUCUACCUCAAGCCCUGCACUACUCACAGGCUAAGGGUCCUCAACCAUCCCAAUCAUCUCAAUCUGAGCCCCAGUCACAGGCUCCAUCUUCAUCUUUCUCUUCAUCACAUACAUCAAAUACGUCUCAUACAAAUACCGAGGCCCAGGACACAGGUGUCUCCGUACGAGAUCAUAUACCCGCACCCGAGUAUACCGAGAACGAAGUUCCGAAGAAGAAGGGUAAAGGUGGUCGCCCUCGAAAGAACCAUGUUCCGGAAUCUGCGGCAGAAUUUACGACCGCACCUCAGCCGCGGCCAGAACCAGAAUCUGAGCCCGAACAGUCCCAAGCGCUCCCAGAGACGCGUAAGUCGCCAAUACAACGAAAUAUCACUAAGAUAGUAUUUUUGAAGACUCAAGGAAAGCCAGGCGCCAACUCCCAGAACGAUCCGCAAUCAGCGCCCGAAUCAUCGACGAAGCGAGAGAGAGAAGGCGAAGAGGUUGAUGAAGAGCAACCAACUCGUAAACGCCGACGCAGAGUUUCGCAAUUCCCUUCUACGUCCGGCCCUAGCACUAUCCUUGCCCCUCCCCCGGCCCCGACGUCCUCAGUUACAGAAGAGAACGACAUUGCAAACAAUGGUACAGAGUCGCAGACUCCCAUAAAGCCGACUCGUCGAAGGAUCUCGAAGAAUUCCGAUGUUGCCUCUGGGCCCACAGAUAUUGCGUCUAGUACAUCCUUUACAGCUCCAGCCGAAGAGCCUCGUCCCCGAACUGCCUCGUCAACUGCAACCGCUGACACUGUAACAUCUACCAGCAAUUACCAGCUUCGCGAGAAACGUCAAAGAAAGUUCACUAACGAUAUUACGGAUGAUGACUUCGUUGAAGAGCCCAAGCGUAAACGUGCUCGACGAACACCGAAAAAGCCGCAGGCCAAGAAAGAAGAUAUCUUACCUAUUCCACAACCCCCUCUAGUGCAACGACCGGAACCGGAGGCGCCCACUCUACCGAAGCCACCACCUAAAAUUAAAAUCAAGUCGAAGCCUGGCCCUUUACCAACUCCUUUCUCGACAUCUCCGUCUAGCGCGCCUUCGUUCACUCCCUCCACGAACUUACCGCAGGUUAACAUGAAUACCCAUGUCAACGGCAAUACUAACGGCAAUGGUAAUGUCGUUGGCAACGGAACCUCGAGGUUUGAUGCUGCUGACGCAGAGUCCAGGGCAGAGCCCCCGAAGGACUACAGUACAAUGACUAAGUCAGAGAAGAUGUCGGCAUCAAUGAAAGCUCGAUGGGCAUCUGGGUCGAUGGGAGGAGCUGUAAUCAAACGUCGUGCGACACUUGCAGCUAAGAAGCAGAGUGUGAAACCUGAAGCCGCAAACGCUACGACUCCGGACCAGGCCCCUACUCCUGCAUCCACUCAGCCAACGCCGGAUGAAGAUAUCGAUGACGACGACGGCGAUGCUUUUGCCACCGAGGAGUAA